UAUGACAUUUCGCAAUCGUCAACUCUUGUGGAAAUUAUAAUCAUCAGAUUUCUUUGCUAUACUCGAAUUCCAGUGUAUUGUUCUUACAAGUUCCCGCACAGCACAGCAGAAACAACCCAGAAUAAUGGCCAAUGCUGGUGGUAUCGUAGUUGCUUUUCUUUCCCUCUCAACGGAAUCCUGUGUAGAUCAGUUAAUUGAACGUAUUAAUACAGGUCAUGGACUAGAUUGCAUUUUUGUGAAACUCACACAUCGGGACUUACAGUUCUUUAUGCCUCAAGAUGAGUAUGACGCUGUGGUUCUGUUACAUUCAAUUUCACAAGGUCGUAACUCCAUCACUGAUGUUGCAGACGCUAAAUACAACAAACUGCUGCUCAAACUGAAGGAAAAAUAUGGUCCUGAUCGUGUGGGUGUCAUUGUUCAUUCCAUGACCAGUUACAGCCCAGUAUCAAAGAGCGCCCUCAUGAUGGUGCUUAAGAAGUCACAGCCAACAACUUUCAAGUGUUCUAACUGCGUCAUCCAAUGUAACAACCCGGCAGAAAUGGAAGAUGAACACAUCUCGCGCUUUAUUGAGUUCCUUAAAAAUGGAGGAAGUAAUUCUUCAGGAUUUUCCCAGCAUCGUAGCACAACUUCAUCCGACGAUGCCUAUUCGUCAGCAGCCGUCAGAGAAUAUCCUCAUCCGAAGAGCCAUGGUUACGGACAAGCGACUUCAGCAAAGACGCAACCAUCUACGCCAUUGGAAUCAACUGUAGACCAACAUGCAGCGAACGUGAUGGCUAGUCAGCAGAAGAUUAUUAGCGAGAAGUGCGCUGCUUUGGCAUUCUUUGAUCUCUCCCGUAGAGGAAACCAUUCAGUUUCGGAGGCUGUUAGAAAACUCUUUCCUCAAAGGACACUUAUGCCGCAUGGCGACUGGAAAGAAAUGGAAGGCAUGUGGCAUAUGUACACGGCCAUUCUUAUCGACGUCGGGAUAUCACCGACUUCCCAACUACAUAGAGAUGUCUUGGUGGCUUGCCUGAAUAACAUGUAUGAUAGACAAAAUGUCGCCAUCUUGUUUCCGGCCUCUGCUACAGGCCCCUUCUCAGAACCUGAAAAAAGUUUUUAUAACCUCGUUUCAACAUUAAGAGUCUUCUACUACCCGGAUUCAGGAAGAUUUGGUGACGAUGCCAAAAAGAAUCUGGUUCAUUGGCUCAGCGACUGUUCCCUCCGACACUAUGGUAACCUGCAUCCGAAGAAAUUCUGUACACUGUCGUAA